UUAAUCUACCUGCAGAGAAAAAGAAAUGACAAUACUAUACAACAACCGUUAGUUUCCCGCGUGCUUUUGUAAAUUUUCUUCUCGGCUGAAUUGACGCUCCUCCAAGAAAAUCUGAUUUAAUCCAUAAAGCGACGUAUAUUAACUCCUCAAAAAUGUAUACAGCUGUUAAGCCGCUGUCCAAGUAUCUGCAGUUCAAGUCGGUGCACAUCUACGAUGCCGUUUUCACGCUGCAUUCAAAGUGCACGGUGGCCUUGCUACUGGCCUGUACUUUUCUGCUCUCCUCGAAGCAGUACUUUGGCGAUCCCAUCCAGUGCAUGAAGAACGCGGACUUGGACUACUUCCAAGCCUACUGCUGGAUCUACGGGGCAUACGUGCAGUCCAAUAUAACGAGGGCGCCGUCGCUCAAUGGCGAAAUUCAGUGCCACCCGGAUGUGGUGGGUCGCUCGGUGCCGCCGGGAAACCGUCGCUACAUUCGCUACUAUCAGUGGGUGGUGCUGGUCUUGCUGCUGGAGUCCUUUAUCUUCUAUUUACCGGCUUUCCUCUGGAAGAUUUGGGAGGGCGGUCGGCUGAAGCAUUUGUGCGCCGACUUCCAUCAGGCGGUGGUGUCCAAGGACAAGAGCAAGGCCCACUUGCGGGUGUUGGUCAACUACUUCACCAGCGACUACAAGGAGACGCAUUUUCGCUACUUUGUGAGCUAUGUGUUUUGCGAGAUCCUCAAUGUGCUCAUCAGUAUUGGCAACAUCCUCCUGCUGGACGUGUUUUUCGGCGGCUUUUGGAUCCGUUACAUGGGUGCCCUUGUAGCCUUAUAUGACGGCAAUUUGGAUGAGUGGAAUGACAUAACCAUGCGCGUCUUUCCCAAGUGUGCCAAGUGCGAGGUGCACAAGGUCGGCGACAGCGGCUCCGAUAGCAUUUACGACAAUUUGUGUCUGCUGCCGCUCAACAUUCUGAACGAGAAGAUCUUUGCCUUCCUGUGGAUCUGGUUUAUUCUGAUGGCUGCCUUGGUGGCCCUCAAGUUCCUGUACCGCCUGGCCACAAUUUUCCAUGGAGGCAUGCGCUUCCAGUUGAUGCGGGCCCGGGCUCGCUUCAUGCCCAAGCCCCACCUGCAGCUGGCCCUGCAAAACUGCAGCUUUGGCGAUUGGUUCGUUCUGAUGCGUGUGAGCAACAACAUUGGUCCGGAGAUAUUUCGCAAGCUGCUGGAGGAGCUCUACGAGGCCCAGACCAUUACGAAGAAGAUACCGCCCGGAGCGGACGAAGUCUGAGAGCUACUCGUCGUAUAUUUAAUCACCAAGUUGUACAUGAAGUAAGUCCUUUCGUUCUUUUUUCUAUAUGACGUCUCACAUUGAAGAUUAAGAUGACAAGAAGACAGCUAUUACAUUUUUUGAUAUAUCUCGUACUCAUAUUCACAUUAUCUUUCAAAUUUUCGAUAUAUCUCGAAUACAUAUUCUCAUUACUUGUAAUCCCUCAUCGAUAUGUACUUAUUAUCGAACAAAUUGUUAACUAAAGGAACCUUAAACUCAAGCUAAGCUAAAUAUAUAUAGCACUUUCAGUUGUUCAGCACUACAUAA